AUGACUCUGGGUCGCAAAAUUCGGGUUCCAUUCUCCCGCAUCGGGGACUACGCGGCCAGGGAGGAAUUGGGAAGAGUGGAAACUGAACCUUGUCGAGAGAGGUGGACUGUCUCCUGGACUAGCAUUCCCGGUGCACCACUCAGCACUUGCUUCUGCGGAGGUUCCGGAUCGUGCGCCCACCACACUAAGCGGGCCGGGGCGGUUCCUCAGCCGGGAGUCUGUUAUAUCAGUACUAAUCAGUACAUUCCAUCCCAGGCCGAUCCCAUUUUGGUCCUGCCAGCCGAGCAGGAAUCAGCCAAUCUGCGUCCAUCCCCUCGAUCGGCAGUUCGUCUGGGCGAUGCGGGAUUGUCCACUCCCCGUCCAGCGCCCCUUGCCAUUGGCCCCCGACCGAAGCUUUUGGGCCCAGCCAGCCCCCGCCCCAGAGACAGUCUGGACGAUCACGUCUCUCUCGUUUCUCAGGCAGCCACAAGCUGA